CAGAUGAAACCUGGCUAAUCUGAGGAAGUGCAAAACUUCACAGGUAGCACUGGGAUCGGCAGAGGCAGCAGCAUACAAUACACCACUUCUUUUUGAAAAGAAUAGCUUAAGACUGAAUUAAAAUUCACCUUGCAGCACAGAAAAGGUCAUCAGCGUGAACUUUUCUUAUUUGCUCGCAGCUGCCUUUGUGAGGAUUUCCUGGAAGUCAAUCAGACUGCGCUCAAUUUGAGCUUCACUCCACUGAGACGUCAUGUACGGGCUGCUGUGUGAGAGUCUUCACGACUUCAUCAAGGAGUCAUACGGAGACGAUGUGUGGAAGCUGGUCAGAGAGAGAGCGGAUGUCAGGUUACACUCCUUUGUCACCCACCAGGUGUACAGUGAGAGUGUAAUUCCCCGUAUUGCAAAGGCAGCCAGUGGAGUGACAGGCACACCUUACAAUGAGCUGAUGAACUCCUGGGGCGUCUACUUCCUGGGAUUUGUAGGAAAGUACGGCUACGAUAGAAUCCUUAAGGUGUUGGGUCGUCAUGUACGUGACUUUGUCAACGGCCUUGACAACCUCCAUGAAUACCUGCGCUUCAGUUACCCCAAGGUGCAGCCUCCAACCUUCUUCUGCCAGGAGGAGUCAGCCACUGGAGUCACCCUCCACUACAGGAGUAAGCGUAAAGGCUACCUACACUACGCCAUGGGUCAGCUGAGGCAGAUGGGUAAACAGUUCUACGACACUGACAUUCAUGUGGAGGUGCUGUCUGAGCAGAUGGUCGGAGACUACUCCCAUGUCACCAUGAGGCUGAACUUUGACAACUCAGCCUACCGCUACAUCAUGAAGGAGGAUGAGGAAGAGCAGGAGAUCUUGCCCAUUACCUCAGAUUUCUUCUUUGAAGUUUUCCCCUUCAAUAUUGUCUUCAGACAGGACAUGGUGGUGCAUAAUGUGGGCUCAGGCUUAGCGACAGUCUUCCCUGAUCUGGAUGGGAAGAAGAUCACUGAUGCCUUCUUGCUGGCUCGCCCCCUAGUGGAGUUCACCUGGAACAUGAUCAUUUCCCACCCCAACAACCUGUUUGAGAUCAUGUCCAAGGAGCCUGUGAAAAGAGAGAGGAACCUUCACAACCGAGUUCAGAAUUCUGACUAUGAAAAUGCCAAUCGCACUGCUGACGUGGACGUGGAGCUCAUGGCUUUCCAGUCCAUCAUUGGAGAUGAUUACAAAGAUGGCAACAGCGCUAAUGCGGAGAGCUGGGGUGAUGGGAGCCGCUGCCUGAGACUCAAAGGACAAAUGAGAUACAUGCCAGAGUGGGAGUCCAUCAUCUUCCUGGGAACUCCUGUGAUGGAGAGUCUGAGUGCCAUGUUUAAGACGGGCCUGUACAUCAAUGACCUCAGCAUGCACGACUCCAGCAGAGACCUGGUCUUGGCAGGCACUCAGCAGUCAGAGGAGCUGAAGAGAGCCCUCAUACAGGAGCAAAAGAAGUCCAGUAAGCUGGAGGAGAGCAUGAAGAUGUUGGACUAUGAGAUGAAGAAGACUGACGACCUUCUGUACAGGAUGAUUCCUAAACCAGUGGCUAAACGGCUGCGCAAAGGAGAGCCUGCUGUAAACACCUGCGAGGUGUUCCCAGAUGUGACCAUUCUCUUCAGUGACGUUGUGGGGUUCACUCGCAUCUGCAGCCACAUCACUCCAAUGCAGGUGGUCUCCAUGCUCAACACCAUGUACACACUGUUUGACACACUCAGCGAGAAACACCGUGUCUUCAAGGUUGAGACCAUUGGGGACGCCUACAUGGUGGUUGCUGGUGCUCCGGAGAAGACCAAGUACCACGCUCAUAACAUUUGUGACAUGGCCCUGGACAUGGUGCGCUCCAUCGAUCACCUAAAAGAUCCCUCCAAUGGCAACAACAUACAAAUUCGUGUUGGGAUCCACUCCGGCAUGGUUGUGGCAGGUGUGGUCGGACACAAGAUGCCACGUUACGGUCUGCACGGCGAUACGGUCCACACUGCGUCUGCCAUGGAGAGCAACGGCAAGGAGAUGCACAUUCAGCUCAGCAGCGCCACCUAUGAGCACCUGAAAGGAAGCCACUUCAUUUUUGAAAGGAGAGGCAUCAUCACCAUCAAGGGCAAUGUUGAAAUUGAGACCUACUGGCUGAAAGGAAAGAGGGACAAGGAUGGCAAUGCUCAGGCUGCAUGUCCUCAGUUUGAGACUCAGACCAUCAGCAAGGCCAACAUCGCAGGCCCUGAGGCUUCAGGGGAUGAGCAGCGACUGGUUUUUCCUCUGGUGGCAGGGGGGGACGAGGACGAUGUCAAAUCUAUUCGCUCUCAUCGCAUUAAGAUAGGGAUUUCAGGCCAUUAUCUGGAGGAGUCGAUGGACGAGUGCCACGUGGAGGAGAUGUCUGUUCAUAAAUCCCAUUAUAAGGAUGCUUUGCAGGACGGCCUCCAGCACGCUCACCUGGAACUAGACUCACCCGAGUUUGACGGCAGAGACUCCAUCAUGGAUUCCCCUGACGGCUCCUGUGACUCCCACUGCUCCAAAAGUGCCAUGUGCUCCGUGUCCUGAGCUGCAGCGUGACAACGGCACCCAAUAAGGCGCUUGGUAAUGCUAUAGUAGAAAUAAGGCGCUUUUUGAACAACUCAGUCAAAGCACUGAAUGUUAGAUAGAAAAGCAGGUUUUGCUGUUUUCUUUGUGUGUGUGUGUGUGUGUGUUUUUGUUGUUGUGUUUUUUGUGACGACGCUGUGAUCAUCUCUGAUGGCAUGUUGUUUGUACUCGCGCUAGACUGCAGUGCUUCAAAUCUCAUGUGGCCCGUGUGCGGCGUUAAUACUGCACGGCAAAAAUCAUCAGGGCUUGUUAAGCUCUGACAAUACAGAUGCCAAUCAGAGCCAUUAGUGUUCAUUUUACACCUGAUUGUUUUCAACAGCUGCCUCAGAGCUUUAACAGUCCCAAGAGGGAGCAGACACUUCUCCAAUGAAUACCUCCUGGCAAUUAUCACUACAAAGUCAACUCUGAGAAAUGUUUGCUGUGUACUCAUUGUGUAGUGUAUCUUUGUACCAAAAAGUGUCCCCUGCCAUAUGGUUCUUUUUUUUUUUUUAAUUCCCUGCACUAUUCGCUCUGCAGUGGCUCAUAGAUUUGACAUCUUGUUUCACCCCGUGAGAAAAGAAAUCCUUCAAAGUCUCAUCCCUUUUUCUUCUCCCACCUCCCUCCUUCCACUUGCACGUCUGCAUUCAUUAUUCUAUAUCAGCUUUGUCAAAUGCACAGCCACUGCACAAUAUUAACGCUUGUCAGCUCAGUGAAAAUAAAGAGCGAUGAAUUCUGA